AUGAUGAAUUCCAUCUUCGGAAAGCGAAAAACUCCUGCAGAACUUCUGCGGGAAAACAAGAGGAUGCUUGAUAAGUCUAUCAGAGACAUUGAGAGGGAGAGACAAGGCCUUCAAUCACAAGAGAAGAAACUUAUCACUGAGAUUAAAAAGACCGCAAAGCAGGGACAGAUGGGAGCGGUUAAAGUGAUGGCAAAGGACCUUAUCAGAACACGGCACCAGAUUGAGAAGUUUUACAAGCUUAAAUCCCAACUACAGGGUGUAUCACUCAGGAUCCAGACUCUGAAAUCAACACAAGCAAUGGGUGAGGCAAUGAAAGGUGUGACUAAAGCGAUGGGGCAAAUGAACAGGCAGAUGAAUCUACCUUCUCUUCAGAAAAUCAUGCAAGAGUUUGAGAGGCAGAACGAGAAAAUGGAGAUGGUCUCUGAGGUGAUGGGAGAUGCUAUUGAUGAUGCUUUGGAAGGAGAUGAGGAAGAGGAAGAGACUGAAGAUCUUGUUAGCCAAGUCCUUGACGAGAUUGGAAUCGAUAUCAACCAAGAGCUGGUGAAUGCUCCAUCAGGUGCGGUGGCAGCACCAGCAGCAAAGAACAAGGUGGUGCAAGCUGAGGCGGCCGGAGGUGAGGACGGUGGUGGAAUAGAUAGUGAUCUUCAGGCAAGGUUGGACAACCUUCGAAAAAUGUGA